GGACCAAAUAAACAAACUUUUAUAGUUUAUAUUUUGAUUUGUAUAAAAAAUUAAUUAAUUUUAACGCGUUCAAACAUUCAAAUAAUUCUAUCGUAUUAAUGGGAUUGUUUAUUAUUUUUUUCUUUAUAUCCGCCAUCAUAUCAUUAGUGUUAUUCCUUUUAUACCUAGAUUCUGCGAAACCUGACAACAGCAAUAAAACUCGGUGGUCGAGACUUGAGCAAAUGAGAGAUGAAGGCAUAUUUAAAAAUAAACCCGCGCCACUAUCCAAAGAUGUAAUAUAUGCUAUGAUGCAGAGAGGAAUUUAUUCAAUAAAUAGUGACGUUGAAACAUACAACGAUGGCGGUGAGGUCCAACGGUGGACACGCGAGAUGCUUGAAAAGUCGUCUUUCAAGCUGGAAGAAAGUCAACCGAAUAUUUGUUCGUUUAUGAAUAUGGCUAACAAGUUUUUAGAAAAAGUGGAAAAGGAAAUUGAAGAGUACGAAGAUAAUCUUUGCAAACUAAACAAUGAGCUGGAACUGAUUACUGAUACUCAUCUAAUCAUAAAAAAAGAAAUUCAAAAACAAUUGUGUCAGGGCAAAAGGAAGAACGUAGUGCUAGACGACUGCAACCGCUCCUGGACACCACCAGUGCCAUCUUAUCGUUGCUCCAUCAUUGCAGACAGCCAAGGUGAAGAAAAUUUUCUGACCACGUUAGAUCGGUUUGAAAAGGAAAGAGGAAUAGCAUAAUUAUCGUAUCUCUAAUGAUUAUAAAAAAUUCGAAUUAAAAUUUUAAACACACAA